UCAAUCAAUCUUUUCAUUUCUAGAACCCUCCACGGCUCCACCCUCUCCCUAAAACCCUCACAAAGAAAGAGGGUUUUUCACUUCUCUCACUUAUCUUCUCAGUCUCACUCUCUCUCCUCCAAUGGCGCCUGUUCUCAGUAGGAGCAUGACAUCCGCUUCUUUGGCUUCACUUCCCUCUUCUUCAUUUACCCUCAAAAACACCCAUAACAAAGUUCUGAAUUUGAGCAGUACCUUUUGCCCUCAUAAUAAGUUGUCCAGAAAUUGUCCUAAAUUUAGCAUUUCUAAGAAAAAUCAGAGAAAACCCAGUAAAUUAUCUGUUCGUUGUGAUGCAGCUGUUGCUGAACAAGAGGCUCCUGAGGCUUCUGGGGAGAAAUUUGAGUAUCAGGCUGAGGUGAGUAGGUUGAUGGAUUUGAUCGUUCACAGUUUAUACAGUCAUAAGGAAGUGUUUCUUAGAGAAAUUGUCAGUAAUGCUAGUGAUGCGCUGGACAAGCUGAGAUUCUUAAGUGUGACUGAGCCUGCGCUGCUCGGGGAAGCAGGAGAACUUGUAAUACGCAUCAAACCUGAUCCAGACAAUGGGACGAUCACUAUCACGGAUACUGGUAUUGGAAUGACAAAAGAGGAGCUUAUUGAUUGCUUGGGAACUAUUGCACAGAGUGGCACCUCAAAGUUCUUAAAGGCGUUGAAGGAAAACCAAGAUCUUGGUUCUGACAAUAGUCUAAUUGGACAAUUUGGUGUUGGAUUUUACUCCGCUUUUCUGGUUGCCGAGAGGGUGGUUGUGUCUACAAAGAGCCCUAGGUCUGACAAGCAGUAUGUUUGGGAAGCUUUAGCUGACAGUAGCUCAUAUGUGAUCAAGGAAGAAACUGACCCUGAGAAGCUCCUGAAGCGCGGCACAGAAAUCACUUUGUAUCUAAGGCCUGAUGACAAGUAUGAAUUCUCAGACCCUGCCAGAAUUCAGAAUUUGGUGAAGAAUUAUUCACAAUUUGUUUCUUUCCCCAUCUACACAUGGCAAGAGAAAUCAAGAACUGUUGAGGUCGAAGAGGAAGAAGAACCAAAAGAGGGAGAAGAGAAACCAGAGCAGGGUGAGAAGAAGAAAAAGUCUGUCACUGAGAAAUAUUGGGACUGGGAGUUGGCCAAUGAGACCAAGCCGAUAUGGAUGCGAAGCGCUAAAGAUGUAACGAAGGAUGAGUACUAUGCAUUCUACAAGCAGACUUUCAAUGAGUUCCUGGACCCACUUACACAUACCCACUUCACGACAGAGGGAGAAGUGGAGUUUCGUAGUGUGCUCUAUAUCCCUGGGAUGGCACCUAUGAAUAACGAAGAUGUAAUAAGUCCAAAGACAAAGAACAUACGGCUGUAUGUAAAGCGUGUAUUUAUUUCUGAUGAUUUUGAUGGUGAACUGUUCCCUCGAUAUUUGAGUUUCGUAAGGGGUGUGGUGGAUUCAGAUGACCUUCCUCUUAACGUUUCCCGAGAAAUUCUUCAAGAGAGCAGAAUUGUAAGGAUUAUGAGAAAGAGACUAGUGAGAAAGACAUUUGACAUGAUUCAAGAGUUGUCAGAGGGUGAAAAUAAAGAGGACUACAAAAAAUUUUGGGAGAAUUUUGGGAAGUUUAUAAAAUUGGGAUGUAUUGAGGACACUGGAAAUCACAAACGCAUCACACCUCUUUUGCGAUUCAACUCAUCGAAAAGUGAGGAAGACUUAAUAAGCUUAGAUGACUACGUUGAAAACAUGGGUGAGAACCAAAAUGCUAUCUACUACUUGGCAACAGACAGCCUCAAAAGUGCAAAGACUGCUCCGUUUUUGGAGAAGUUAAUACAAAAGGAUAUUGAGGUUCUAUUCUUAGUUGAACCUAUAGAUGAGGUUGCUAUCCAAAACCUUCAGACCUACAAAGAAAAGAAGUUUGUUGAUAUCAGCAAGGAAGACCUGGAACUUGGUGAUGAGGAUGAAGUAAAGGAACGGGAGACUAAACAGGAAUAUACUCUUCUGUGUGAUUGGAUGAAGCAACAACUUGGUGAUAAGGUGGCAAAGGUCCAAAUCUCGAAACGUCUUGCUUCAUCCCCAUGUGUGCUUGUUUCUGGGAAGUUUGGCUGGUCAGCGAACAUGGAAAGGUUGAUGAAAGCACAGACUCUUGGAGACACUUCAAGCUUGGAGUUCAUGAGGGGGAGAAGAAUAAUGGAGAUCAAUGCUGAUCACCCCAUUGUUAAAGAUCUCCAUGCUGCCUGCAAGAACGAACCGGACAGCACCGAGGCCAAAAGAGCUGUAGACCUCUUGUAUGAAACAGCACUUGUAUCCAGUGGUUUCACGCCUGACAGCCCCGCCGACUUGGGAAACAAGAUUUAUGAAAUGAUGACAAUGGCCCUUGGAGGAAGAUGGGGUAGGUUAGAUGAAGGAACCAACGUAUCAGAAGACAAUUCAUCAGAAUCUGGUGCAACUGAAGAAACUUCAGAUGCCCAAGUGGUUGAGCCCUCCGAAGUCAUUACUGAAAAUGACCCAUGGCAAGAUUGAUUAUAGUAGUCAUUGUUUAGUAGACUUUGACAUUUUUGCCUCAGAUUUUUACUUAUUUUGUGGGGAGAUACCUUCCAUAGAAUUGUAUGGAAGUUGAAGGGAUAGCUAGACAUGGUAGUAUGGUGCAUUGUUGUCUGCCUUUUGGAGGGGAUUGAUUGUUGGCCCCAUAUAUUGGUCAGAUUUCGAAAAAGAAAAAUAACUUACUAGGUUAGGGGACGGAAUAAUCAAGAUUGUUAUUGUAGAUGCCUAGUGUAUGAUAGUUUAUGAAAGCAUCAUAUAUUUGAGGUCUGAUCGAUGCUUUGUUUGUUUUAUAAUAUGUUACAAACUUAGUAUUUUAAGACAA